ACCAUUCAAUGCUCUCGGUUGCACGGUAUUCAUCGCGCUUGGCAUUAUUAAUAGUUGAUUUUUCAUUUACACGUCACGAGAAAAAUUAGAUGCAGCAAGUAAUCAACUUUUUGACCGGCAAAUCUAAACAUCCGCCACCACCAGCACCGCCGCCGUUGCCGCCACCGCCUACACCAUAAAAAUUUCUUCUUAUAUUAACAAAAAAAAAAAUUAGUUUCACACUGUAAAUCGUUCAUGGCAGAUCCUCACAUACAAAUAGAUCAACCACCUCUGGUUCCCGCUCAAACCCCACUUCUUCCUCCAACUCAAAAUAACAUCCAGCACCACCUCAACCACCGGAGGUCGACGAAUCAAGAAACUGAUGUUGAUAAGUUUCUUGGAGGACUAGAAGCCUUUCUUACGAUUCUGGGUUUCAACCAGUUUUCUGUUUUAAGCUUUGUUAUUUCUUGGACUGCUUUUAUAUUGAUAGGUGUGGUGGUUCCUGUUCUAAUACUGGAGCUUUCAAAAUGUGGCGGGGACUGUAACCAGUACCAAAUUAAGGAUUUUGAGCUAGAAAUCGUGGCAUCUCAGGCUUGUUUGGCAGCUGUUUCUUUGGGUUGCGUUUCUCAUAAUCUUAGCAAAUACGGGUUAAGAAAGUUACUUUUUGUUGACCGCUGUAAUGUCCAUACUAUGGCUCGCUUUAGCCUCUUAUAUAUUCGACAACUCAAGGAUUCUUUAGGCUUGCUGGUCUUUUGGGCAUUGACAUGUUGCGUUCUGAAAGUUGUGCGAGAAGUGAUUCGUGUGUUAUAUGAACAACAAGAAUCAUGGUGGUUGUCUGCUGCUAUUUUAUUUGGUUUGGUUCUAUCAUGGAGUUAUGUUACUACAAUAUCUUUAUCUGCCAGCAUUCUGUUUCAUCUUGUAUGCAAUUUACAAGUUAUUCACUUUGAUGACUAUGCAAGGCUCUUGGAAAGAGAUAAUGAUGUUUUGGUAUUUAUUGAGGAGCAUAUUCAUCUGCGCUAUCACCUUUCCAAGAUAAGCCAUAGGUUCCGAAUUUUUCUACUUUUGGAGCUUUUUGUUGUCAUAGCCAGCCAAGUCGUGACACUUUUCCAAACCACUGGAUAUGAUGGAAUAAUUACAUUAAUAAAUGGAGGCGAUUUUGUUGUUUCUUCAGUUGUCCAAGUAGUUGGUGUAAUUCUUUGUUUACAUGCUGCAACAAAAAUAUCCCAUAGAGCCCAAGGUAUUGCCUCUGUAGCAAGCAGAUGGCAUGCGUUGGCAACAUGUGGUUCAAUUGAUACAUCUCAACUGAGAGUUUCAAAUAGUUUGGGGAACUUGGAAGCUGCAAAUGGACCAAACUUGCUACAUACGACUUAUUCUGAAAGUGAUUUGGAGUCAAUGGACUAUAUUGCAAUGCCUACAAAUUCACAACUGGUAUCCUACAUGGCCACAUAUCAGAAAAGGCAAGCCUUUGUGAUGUAUUUGCAAAACAAUCCAGGAGGAAUCACUAUUUUUGGUUGGAUAGUUGAUCGUUCCUUGGUCAACACGAUCUUCUUCAUCGAACUUACUUUGGUAACCUUUGUGCUUGGAAAGACUCUAGUACUGGGAUCUGACUGAUAGUUUGAGUUUCCACGGCAAAAAUACUUCGAAAAUUGCAUUAGCCAUUGUAUCAUUGUCAUCACUGAUAAAGCAAGUGAUAUCUAUAAACACAAAAGGUUCCCAUUUCGGGCUAUUAAUUGAUUCCUGUAAUUGUUGAAAUGGUGAACGAUAAGAAUCCCAUGCCAACAUGAUACAGUCGAGCCAGGAAGAGUGAAAGUUGGACAACUCUGAAAGCAUACCCAUACGGAUCCAUGGUGUUUUGGUUCAAAGUAGUCCGUCCCUUUCCUGUACCCACGCAUGGCGGAAGCUUCAGCAUCCGGCUGCUGCUUUUUGUUGUUGUUGUUGUAACUUGUAAAUAAGCCGUAUAAUCUUGUUACGUUUCACUACAGGAAUACAUCCUUGUAAGUUCUGAAUGUUUCAUUUAUUUACACUUGUUUCUCUGAACAAGGAAUUUCAUGAAGGAAGAGAAGAAACAAGGUUAUUUGCCAGCAGAAAA